AUGGUCAAGCUCGCGCGCGCCCUUGAUUUCCCUCGAUCUGAAAUCUACUACGAUGUCAUGGAGAAGAUGAAUUUCAAGAUCACGUACACCCUCCUUGCGAAGAGGGUGGAGAGGUGGAUCCGCGUCAUUAGGAGGGAUUUCCUCGACGCCGCGGAAAUCAAGGUCGUGGACUUGGACUGCGAGUUCACCAAAAUUCCAGUAUGCCGCUCUCGAUGCUCGCCUCGGCUUCGAGCUGGAAGGAACUGGUUCCGUAUUCUGCCUGCCCGCACUACGUCGAAUCUUUUCGUCGUCCUCGUCGUAGUCCCGUUCCGCACGCGCUGGGCCGUGCCAACAUGGGCCGCACCUUCGUUCCCCUUCGUCGUCGUGCCUCUCCCAUCUGCACGCCUCCCCUCUCCCAGAGCUCGUUGGCCCAGAUCGAGGCCCCUCCCAGGUCUGUGCGCCGCCAGCAUCCCUCCCGUGUGCGUGCUCUACGCCCUCGCCGACCUCGAGAUCUCAUCGCUCACGAGACGACUCCAGGACCCCGUGUUCAUCAGCGGGCUUGUGUUGAGGCGUCGCCGCUGGCGGGGCCUUCGGUCGUUCCCCUCUCUGGAGCUCCUCCCCUUCGCUAACCCUGUCUUAAACCCAUCGGACGACGAAGAUUCGUGGCGCGAGACGGCUCUGCCCGCGGCGGAUGGCUCCAAGAGAAAGAUGCCCCACGCCUCAGGCUCCUGCCUCCUACCGCAUACGGUGAAACUAAGUACACAAAAUAGGAUGUCGAAGAGUUGGAUGAUGAGCACGAGAAGAAGAUUCAAAGAGUUACGCUUGGUCCUUCACAGAGCUGAGUCCUGUAAGCGGGGGCACUUGCCUGGUAUGAGGGCUUCUUGGUCAGCGGCAGACAGGAUGAUUCCUCCACUAUGCCAGCCUCUCUGUGGGUUCAUUUGGAAUAUCAUUUAUAAAGGUUUCACAUGGAAAAACACUAACCAGAACUGAUGAUACCAGAUAUAUGCAUUUACAAGCUAUAGGGCAUUGCCCUUCGGCAGCUAGACAAGAAGGUUAUGGAAGCUACUCUUAAGGCGUCCAAGUCCAACUCUCUCUGUUUAGCUUUCCAGCACCCUUUCUCAGAUGCUUUCACUUCCAGCUUGGUUUAAAGUGUGUAAAUUUUCAUGCCUGAAAGAAAUUUUCAAUAAAGAAUUUUGUGUGCGUGCAACAUUCAAUAAAGAAUUUUGUGUGUGCGCCUUUAAGAUUCACCAACAUAUAUAUAAGAUAAUUUCAAUUUUAUACCUCGAUUUGUGUGCGCGCAACAUUUUGUAUUUACUUUUUUUGAAACAUAGAAUCAUCCAUA